AUGUUGGCAUCUCAAGGACUAGUGGUUGGUGGUGGUGGAGAGAGAAAAGGAAUCGAAGGGAAUGUCGUCGGAAUGGUGGGAAUUGAAGGGAUGGUGGGCAGAGAAGUGGCUGGUAGCGGAGGAAGCGACACCUUCGGGAUGGUGGGCAGCGGUGGAAUCUGGGUGGCCGGCAUAGGCGGCAACGUGGGCUUCGGCAGAAUCGGGACUGUUGGCAGUGUUGGCAUUGCUGGCAGUGGGGGCAAUGUGGACUUAGGAAGAGAUGGAAAUGUAGGAAGUGUUGGUGCAGAAGUUUGCAAGAGGUUGCGAGCUCCAAAGCUCAUUUGGAUACUUGACAAAAUUAGGAUCAAAGAGAGAAUGGAAGAAUAG